AUGAUCGCAUUUAAGCGCCUGUCACGUUUUUGCCUGCUACGCGCACUUGGCAACCAACCAAAAUUUUCCACAUAUUCGACCACUCGAAUGUGCAAGGCUCAAAUUACUGCCGAGGAAGUACGCAGCCUGGCUGAUGCACUCAAAAAUGGCCUGCGUGCUUUGGGCCAGCCAACAAAUGCAACGCAUCCGCAUCUGAUCAAGCCACACGAAUUGGUGCCCGGCGUGGAGCAGGCGGAAUUUCAAACGAGACGCAUAAGGCUAAUGGAAGGCAUUCAAACAUAUGCGGAAGGCUUUGGGAACGAGUUCAAUGGACGCGCCUCCAGAGCGCACAUGCUGGUCAUUGGAGCCGCUUGCAAAAAGUAUAUGAGCGGCAAGAUACCCUAUGUGUUUCGUCAAAAUUCGGACUUUUAUUAUCUAACCGGCUGUUUAGAGCCGGACUCGGUGCUUCUACUGACUAUUGACGAAUCAGGUACUGUGCAAUCAAUAUUGUUUAUGCGUCCCAAGGAUCCCCAUGCCGAGCUGUGGGAUGGCCCGCGCACUGGUCCCGACUAUGCGGUGCCACUGUUUGGCGUACAUGAGGCAUUGCCCAUUGAAAAAUUCCAUCAAACAUUGAUUGCCCGUUACAGUCAACUGAAGCCGCAUUUGUGGUUCGAUCUGAGCCAAUCGGAGCAGUCAAAUGUCACGGAUGCAAUGCUUCAAGUGUGCAAUAACGAACGCACCCAACUGCUGCCCGUUUGCACGUUCGUGGAGAAUAUGCGACUAAUCAAAUCACCUGCCGAAAUGGAGCUGAUGCGUAGCACCUGUUCAAUAGCAUCAAGUGCGUUUAAUGAGGUCAUGGCUGAGACGCGUCCCGGCCAAUCGGAGCAUCAGCUAUACGCUGCCGUUGACUUUAAAUGCCGCAUGCGCAGCGCCAGCUACUUGGCCUAUCCACCAGUUGUGGCAGCUGGCCGAAAUGCCACCGUCAUACACUAUGUGAACAACACACAGAUUCUGCAGCCGCAGGAGCUGCUGCUGAUGGAUGCGGGCUGUGAAUAUGGCGGCUAUACGAGCGAUAUAACACGCACCUGGCCGGUCAGCGGGCAAUUCACGGAGCCGCAGCGAACGCUCUACGACAUGAUGGAGCAGCUGCAAAAGGAGAUUAUCGAGCUGAUCAUGCAGCCUGGCGGCGAGACUUUGGAUCAACUAUUCGAGACGGCAUGCUAUAAGUUGGGCAAAUAUCUGCAGGAAAUCGGUUUGGUUCCCAAGAAUCUGACGGACCACAAGGAGCUGGCGACGCAAGGCUAUAAGUUCUGUCCGCAUCAUGUAUCCCAUUAUCUAGGCAUGGAUGUCCAUGAUACGCCCCAUGUGCCGCGCAAUACACGCAUCCAGCCGGGCAUGGUGUUCACGGUUGAGCCGGGCAUCUACAUUGAUGAGAAGCGCACAGAUGUGCCAGCCGAAUUCCGUGGCAUUGGCAUUCGGAUCGAGGAUGAUGUCUUGAUCAAUGAUAAGGGCCAGGUGGAAGUGUUGACCGCCAGCUGUGUCAAGGAGCGACGUGCAUUGGAGGAUCUGUUCAAAUAAUUUUCUUAUCCAAAAUAGACUGCCACAAAAUUCCUAGUCAUAAUUUAGUUGUUGUAGAAUCCAUAUGUAUAUAUAUGCAGGUGCAGAUCAAUGUAUAUAUAUAUUUAAAGAUAUUUACUUAAGUUGUAAGCAGAUAUUGCGUAUACGCCAAGUGUUCAAUGUACAAAGAGUAUAUAAAGUAAUAAAAAGAAUACAUAUAUAUAUUAUUUUUCAAGUA